AUGUACUCGCCAGCUGAGAGAGUUUUGAUCAGGAAUCCUUUGAUUGAUGGUCACAAUGACUUGUUGAUCUUGAUGAGAGUCUUGUACGGCAACCAUAUAUAUGAUGCCAGGUUCACCGACAAGAUGGAGGACGGCGGUCUGCAGGGCCAAGUCGACAUCCCUCGUAUGAACAAAGGCAAACUCGGAGGUGCAUUCUGGAGUGCCUUUGUGCCCUGCCCGACCAACGGCUCAGACUUCUCGGAUGCUGCCUAUGCUCCUUAUGUCAAGACGACACUCGAGCAAAUCGAUCUCUACAACCGUCUCACGGAAAUGUAUCCACGCUACUUCACUCCCGCCAAAGAUUCUGCCUCUGCUCUGCGUGCGUUUGCUUCGCAUCAAUUGAUCUCGCCUCUGGGUAUUGAAGGUCUGCAUCAGAUUGGCAAUUCUGUUUCGACUCUUCGUCUCUACCACAAACUUGGAGUCCGCUACGCGACCCUGACUUGGAACUGUCACAAUGCUUAUGCUGAUGCAGCUCUCAUCACUAACUCUGACAAUCAAACCGUCGUCGCACCUCCCUUGUGGGGCGGUGUUUCGCCUGCUGGCAAAAAACUGAUCAACGAGAUGAACAGACUAGGCAUGCUGGUUGACCUCAGCCACGUGAGCCAGGAUACCAUGCUUCAUGUCUUGGGUCGGGGUAAAGAUGGCUGGCAGGGCAGCAUUGCACCGCCCAUCUUCAGUCACUCGAGCGCCUAUUCCAUCUGCCCUCAUCCUCGCAACGUCCCUGACCAUAUACUCCCACACGUCAAGGCCGCACGUGGUAUUGUAAUGGUCAAUGCGAACCCAGACUUCAUCAGCUGUCGUGCUUCGAACAGCUCCUCGGGCCUGCCUGAGUUCGUGCCCGAGACCUCAACUCUGCAGCAAGUGGUAAAGCACAUCAAGCACAUUGGAGACUUGAUCGGCUACGACCACGUAGGUAUCGGUACCGAUUUCGAUGGCAUUGAGAGUACACCAAAGGGCUUCGAGGACGUGUCUAAAUUCCCCAAUCUCGUGACCGAGAUGUUGAAGCAGGGUAUCAGCGAGUCGGAUGCUGGUAAGGUUGUAGGCAGAAACAUUCUGAGAGUCUGGGCCGAUGCUGAUGCCGUGGCUACUUGGAUGCAUAGAAAGGGUGUGUUGCCGCUGGAAGACGAUGUGAGACAUCCUUGGGAAUAA